AUGGCGGGCACGGGCGGGAGGACAUGGCGGGAUUUGCUUGCAGGGAGAGCCAGGAAACGAAAAAUCACAUUUGGGAGCGAAGCAGAGGUCCGGGAAGCAGUUCUGCGCCUUUUGGAUCACCAUCAGAAUCUGAAUGACCUCCUCCUCGAGGUGGAAGGUUCAGUCAAGCCAGCUGGGGAUGCACCAUCAGAUUCAUUUAUAGCCUCUGUUCUGCAGGAGCAAGCCUCGAGGCUGGGUGUCCCCCCAGCCGUCCUGGCAGCCAAAACUGCCACUACCAACAUUGAGCGGAUCUGCCAGGCUUCUGUGAGCCAUUCUCAAGGCCCUCUGCUGAGCUCUGACCAGAGGAGGAAGUUGUUGUGCUUGCUUCAAACCAUCAAGGAUUUGCUGGCAAACAAUUUGUUCUGUCGCUCCCACUUCUGUCAGGAGCUGUGGAGAAUGAAGGACCCUCCAGUGCUGGAAGCUGUGUGGCACCUGCACAGGGGCAACAUCCUUGGCCUGGGAGAGCUGCUGGAGAGCUCUGCCGUCCCUGCUGUGGUGGAGUGGCUGUGCAGCAGCCUCCGGGGGCUCUGCGAGUGUGCAGAGGAUGUGGAGCUCACCGGGGAUGUGGAGCUUGCCAGGCACCUUCUCUCAGACUUGGCAAUCGUGUUUCUCCAGAAUGGCUUUCAGCAGAAUUGGGACCUGGGGAGGAGGUUGGAAUCCAAGCAGAUCCCCUCUAUCUGCCACGCUGUGCUGCAGAGGAUGUUGACAUGGGUGCUUGAUGCUGUUGGUAAGGAGAAGCAAGAAGAUGUUUCCACGUUGCAAGCUAUGAAGUUCUGGUUGAACAUGUUCAGGGUCUCUGUUUACCAAAGCGCUGUGCAUCCGGAUUCCUUGCAGCAGUUUUUCAGACACACCCUGACUGAGGUUCUUACCUACAACCCAUUGCUGAAAGUGCCUGAUGCCAUCCGCAUGCAGAAGGAGUGGAGCUUCACAAGAACCUGCUGGCUGCUGACAACCCUGUACCGCAGACUGUUCGUGGUGCUGAGUGUGAAGGAGGCAAUCUGCCAGCUGCAGCAAGUGCUGGAGACCCACGAGGUGAAUUGGCAUCAUGUCCUGUCCUGUGUUUCCACACUGUUGGUCUGUCAUGCUGAGGCUGAGCAGCUCUUCAAAGAUCUGCUGAGCCAGCUCCUGCUAAAGGCCUUUGAGAAUUACGACAUGGAGAACCUGAUCACAGCUUUCCUGAUAGCUCGUCAGGCUGCUCUGGAGGGCCCUGCUGUCUUCAUGCCCUACUCUGAGUGGUUUAAGACUUCCUUUGGGAAUGCUGGUGGUCACCAUGGGAGCAGCAAGAAAGCUCUGGUCUUCCUCUUCGAGUUCUUGUCAGAGCUUGUGCCCUUUGAGGCAGCUCCAUACUUGAAGGUCCAUAUAAUGUUCCCACCGGUGGUGCCAGCAAAGCACCGCUCCAUUCUCUUGGAGUACAUCACUCUGGCUAAAACCAGGCUGGCUGACCUCAAAGUUGCAAUAGAAGACAUGGGGCUCUAUGAAGACUUGUCCUCCACAGACGAAUCUGUGCAGCCCCAGGGCCAGGCCCUUCGUGACGUUGAGAAAGCCCUUCAGAUCUUUGAGAACACGAGGAAGAUCCCAACCUCUGUGAUAGAAGCCAGUAUUUUCAGGCGACCUUAUUAUACUUCUUGGUUUCUUCCUGCUUUGCUCCGGCCCCGUGUGCUUCCACAAUCCCCAGACACUCACAUGGCUUUUAUAGAGGCUUUGAAGAGAGCUGAUAAAAUCCCCUCAAACUUGUACUCCACGUACACACAAGCCUGCCAUGCUCUGAAAGAGAAAACACAAGAUGAAUCAAAAUCAGAGGCUGACCAUUCCAAAGAGCCUAUUGAGCAGCUGGAGGCUGAACUGGCUGAGCUGAGAACACUGGUUGUGGACCAGGCUAAACACAAAGAUGUGCCAGCACAGAUUGCUGUGAUUUCUGACAGACUCAGAAGCGUUUUGGGCCACAGCAGUGAUGAGAAGGAAGCUGCUACUUCAAAUUCUCCAAUCCAAAUAGACAUUUCUGCCCCCAGGCUGGAGCCCAGCCAUCAGCCUGCUGUUGAUCUUCUGCUGACAUCAUUCUGCCAAAACCUAAUUGCUGCUUCCCAUUUGAACCCUCCUGACAGGCAGGGACCAUGCCUCUCCUUGUUGGUGAAGAUGAUGUGUGGACACAGGAAUCUCUUACCUGCACUCCUGGGCAGGCUCUGCCAGCUUAUUUAUCACCAGGGUCCUUCCCUGAAUGAUGCUCACAUUUUAGGACUAGCAGCUUUUGUGAUCCACUUGAGUGAGUCCAGAGCUCUAAUCCCUGCAGUGGAAGCCAGUUUUGGGAUUUCUCAGCCUGCUCCUGAGCAGGCCCUUUCUAUUUUGGAGUACUGGAACUGCUUGCUAGUGUGCAGGACCCAGGAGUCGUUUGUCUUCUGCAUGAGGUUCUGCACUGCAGCAGUGUCUUAUCUCAUGUGCAAGUUUUCAUCCUCUUCUUGUGAAGAGCUGAGUGCCUUGCUUCCUCCUGGCCUGGUUAAGAAGCUGCAGUACCUUGUGCCCCGGCUGUGCUUGGAAGCUCGAGGAAUCCUGUGCCAGGAGGCUCAAACUGACCCAGUCUGGAGCUGCCUGUCAUCUCCCUCCCUCAGCUACAGAAGAGCAAGCCUCUCUUUAUGGAAGCAAACUCGCUUCCAAGAGCUCUUGAAGGAAAAAGCUUUCCAGUUGUCUUUCAGGGAGUGGCUGCUGUGGGAGCUGGAAGUGUUCCCUGAGAAGGAUGUUCUCUCUGCUUCAGAGAGACAUGAUUUCCAUUACUGGGCUAUCUAUCAGUGGUAUCUUCCUGCACCUUCUGCUUCUGGUGGCUGCGAUGGAGAUCUGGAGCAGGCCUGUGGCACUAUCAUCAAUACCAUUCUGCAUUCCUUACAAAGGCUGGACCUGGGUAGCUGUGGCCAGUCGAAGAUGUGGGUCAACCCUGACAUGCUCUGCAGGCUGCAGGAGCUGGUGCUGGAGCUGGGCUGUAGGCAAAGGUUCCUUGCUGGCUGCAGGGAUAGCCAGAGACACUUCCUAUUUGAGAUCCUUCAGGAGAGGCUGAAAGACAGAAAACCUGGUUCUGCUCUGGGUGAGGAGCUGUGGAGACAGCAGGAGUUGCUGCUGCACAGAAGGCUUCUGGUAGGGCUCCCUGCAUCCUCUCUGAUCAUGACACGUCAAAAAGGAAGGAAAACUGUGUUGGACUGUGAGGACUUCUUUCAUUUUGUAAACACAGAGCUGAAGCAGGCCUGUUCCAGAGGGUAUGCACUCUCCUACGACAUCACCGCUCACUUCUUCAGGGGCCUGCUAAAUGCCAGCUUGGACUGCGAGGAACCAGCAGUGGUGGUCAGCAAUGUCCUAACAGCCUGUCAGAGCCAGUGUCCCAUCCUGCUUUUCUCUGCAGUGCUGUGGUGGCCAAGGCUGGAGCCAGUGAUCUGCUCACAGUGGAAGAGGCUCUUUGGGGCUCCACUUGCAGAAGAGCUGGAAAGGCUGAGGGAACAGCAGUCCUCAGCUACCAGCUUUGUUUCCUCAGGAGCAGUUUUUUCUCCCUCUGGCCCUCCUUGGAUUUCAGCUGCCUUCCUCCACUGCACUCUUCACCAGCAGUCACCAAGCAAAAGGAGGAAAGAGGCACUGGAGAGGCUGGGGACUGGCACAGAGCAGCUUCUCCUGUCUCUGCUCUUCUUCUCCCUCAUGGAUCUCAUCUCUGCAAAAAUAGCACCAAAGGAGGGAGUGGAUUUUCAGACAGCUCUGGAAUGGUCCCUGGAGAUCUUGCAGUGCCUGGAAGACAGAGGUGUGUCCUGGCCACUUCUCUUCCACCCAGGAGGGAGAGACCUGGGAAAAUAUCACAUCCUGCACAGCGCAGCCUCGGAGCGUCACAGCCGGCUCCUGCCUCUUGCCUUCUACUGCCUCACACCUGGCUUUUGCCACGAGCUGCUGACCAGAGAAGAGAGCUUCCUCUACACAGCACUUGACCUGUACAUCCAGCUGCUGCGGCUCUUCAUGGAGGGCAAAGACCUGCCCCAGCCUGACCAGGGGGAUCCUUUGGAGGUGCUGUCCAGGGCCCGGCAGUUCCUGUUUGGCGCCAUCCCACGAUGCCAUGCCCAGAGCUUCAGAAGCAUCCAACCGCUCCUGGCUGCAUGUGAAGAACUUGACGCAGAGCUGGCAGCCACUCUUGUGCACUUCUCAAGGCCUUCUGCAGCCAUGGAACUGGACGAAGAGCUGGUCCUCUUCUGA